CCUUUUUUUUUUUUUAUUUUAGCUUUUUCCUAAUUUAUUUCAUUCUUUAUUCAACUAUGCGUCUUACUUUGGCUUCUGUUGUUGCUCUUGCUACUUUAUCUGUUAGCACCAUGGCUGCUCCUACAGCUCAUCAUCAUGGUAACAAUCAUCAAGGCAAGGGAAAGGUCUUUGAUCAUAUUCUCCAAGUUUGGUUCGAAAAUCAGGACUUUGAUGUGGUCAAUGCUCUUCCUACCUGGCAAAAGUUAGCCAAAGAAGGCAUUCUUUUGGAUAACUUCAAUGCUAUCACUCAUCCUAGUGAACCUAACUAUGUCGCUGCUGCUGGUGGUUCCAACUUUGGUAUUGAUAAUGAUGACUAUUACAACAUUCCCAAGAAUAUUACCACUGUUUACGAUUUGUUGGAAAAGAAGGGUUUGACCUGGAAGGUUUACCAAGAAGAUAUUCCUAGUGUUGGAUUCACUGGAUUCAAGGAAGGUCAAUAUGUACGCAAGCAUAACCCUGCUGUUAUCUUUGACUCUGUUGCUCAAAACCCCAAUCGUGUGAAGAACAUUGUUCCUGGUACCCAACUUGAUGCUGAUAUCAAGGCCAGCAAACUUCCCAACUGGAUGUUCUACACUCCCAAUAUGUUGAAUGAUGCUCAUGAUACUAAUGCUACUUACGCCGGUAACUGGUUGGAUGGUUUCUACAAGUCUACUUUAUCUCAACCUUACUUGACCAAGAAUGCUCUCAUUUUGAUCACUUUUGAUGAAAAUGCUUCUUAUCCUAAGCGCAACCGUAUUUGGUCCCUUUUGCUUGGUGACAUUCCUGAACACUUGAAGGGUACCACCGAUAACACCUAUUAUAGCCAUUACUCCACUUUGCACACUGUUGAACAAAACUGGGAUCUUGGAUCAUUGGGUCGUGGUGAUGCUGACAAGAACGCAAACAACGUCUUUGACUUUGUUGCCAAACAAAUUGGAUACAAGAACACUGUCGUCCCUACUCAAAAUAUUCCUUUGAACAACAAUACCAUCACUGGUUUAUUGACUGGCAAGUCCUUCAACCAAACUCAUCCUAACGGUGGUACUCCUCCCGCUUAGUUUAGAUAUUUACAAUAUCCUAUACUUCCUUUGUCAUAUAUAUAUAUAUAUCUUGUAUUUCUUUUAAUAAAAUCCGAAUUAUUAUUUUUUU